AUGGAGAAUAUGCAGUAUGCCGAGGAGCUUGUGAGGGAGUUUCUUGUCUUUAGAGGAUUCACUAACACUUUGCAAGCUUUUGAUUCCGAAUUAUCUACGGAUAUCGGUAAAGGGUUUCAAGUGGAUAAGAUAAUGGAUUUGAUCUUCUCGGUGUAUGUACCUAAGUUUCAGGCAGAAAAGUUAGUUGGCCUGUUCAGUUUUUUCAAGCAGUGUCUCUCUUCAUCAUCCGAGACGGUACUUUUGACUACUCUUUCUAAAUUGGAGGUGUCUAUUCUACGCUACUAUGUUGUUAGUGCCAUCCAGUCAGGAAGGAGGGACAAAGUUUUAGAGUUCUUUGGAAUGAAUGGGAAUGAUUUGUUGCGAAGGGGCCAGGACUGGGCUGCAUGGUUUGCCAUUCCAUAUGUAAAGAAACCAAACUCUGAUCCUGAGUUUCGUAUAUAUUUUUCAAAGGAAUGGUAUGAGGCCUUGCGUUUAUCUGUGAGGAACUUCUUUAGUGAGAUCUUCAAUGCCCUUUUGAAAAUCAAUUCAGAGAAGACUACUGUCAACCGUCUAAAAAAAGACAUCAAGCAACUUAAUCUCAAGUUGUCAGAACUUCAGGCUUUGUUGGAGGAAAAAGAUGGUCAGUUAUGGCAGUUAAGAAGUAAUGCUUCAUCAUUAGUGGAUGCAAGCACUGAAGAAACCAAGAGUUCAUCAAGUGUGGUGUAUGAGGAAAAUCGUCUUAUAUCUAAAGAUACUCGGGAAACAUGCCCUCCUGCUACUUUUCAAAUAGGGGAAGCAGAGGUGAAUCAAGAUUGGAUUGUGGCUGGACCUGCUGGAAUUCGACCAGAAAUUAACAUAUCCAAAUCUGAUCCUAACUUAAGUUCUCAAUCAAGCCUUCGUGCAGGAGAUGGUGGAACUGCUGAUACUAUUCAGCUGUUCCAGGAUGGGCCGUAUAAUGAAAAUGGCAGGGAAAGCCAUGUAGAAGACUUCCCUGAAGUUAAAGUGGACUUUCAGGAGACAUUUUUGGGCCACACAAGUCCAAUCACUCGCUGCCGCUUUUCUGCAUCUGGAAACAAUAUAGCCAGCGCAUCUGAAGAUGGCACAGUAAGGAUAUGGACAUAUGACUCAUCAACUCCGGCAUCUAGAAAUGCAACCAUUUAUUGCGGAGCCAAAAUAUUGUCACUUGACUGGGAAUGUAAAUCUGACCGAUUGCUUCUCAUAGGCACUGCUGAUGGAGGCAUUAAAGCAUGGAAUGUCGAUGCAAAGAGAGUUGUCUGCGAUCUUAACACGAGUGAAGCAUUUCCAAGUGUUUUGGAUAUAAAAUGCAGCCCUGUAGAGCCAAUAUUUGUUUCUGCAGCAGCAUCCAAGGGGCAUGGAUCAAGUCAUCUUGAUAGUCUCGGGUUCGCUUCAUUAACUGUGUGGAACAUGAAGACAUGGAAGGCUAUGACAGUUCUUCCUCUUGGUAAAGAUCCACCUGCAAUUACAUCCCUUAGUUUCAAUCACAAUGGAAAGAUUUUAGCAGCCGCUGCAACUGAUGGAAUGAUUCACAUGUUUGAUAUGUCUGCCGGUCUACAAAUAACUGGGUGGCCAGCACACGACUCUGCUAUAAGCUCCAUUCUUUUUGGGCCUGAUGAGACAAGUAUUUUCAGUUUGGGAGUAGAUGGAAAGGUUCUUGAAUGGAGCUUGCAAAACCAAGGUCAAAUCCUUUGGUCAAGAAACUGUAGCCGAUUCUGUGACCCUGAGAGCUCAAAAAUUUGCAGACAUGAAAUGGCUUUAGAUGCUAAUGGGAGGAGACUGUUGGUAACCUCUGGUUUAGUAAGAGCACCCAUAUAUCAGGUUCGGGGUCAUGCUAUUGGGUUGAGAACUCUCCCACACAGUGCUGCAAUAACUACUGUGGAUUGGCACCCAACUUUGCCUCUAUUCGUAACAGGAUCAGCUGAUAACUCUGUCCGAGUCACAUCUAUGUCAUAA